AUGGCAAGUACUUUAUUAAACAAGUCUAACGACUCAGACAAAUCUGACGAAGCUGAAACCGUUUUCAAACAAUUUUCUUCCUUUGAAAAAUUAAAGCAAGUACUCGCGUAUUGUUUUCGAUUUCGUCACAAUGCACAAAAAAGCAAUUCUGUAAAGUUAACCUGCGAACUUUCUGAAACAGAACUAAAAUUAUCAACAGAACGCAUUAUUGAACUCACGCAAGCAAAUACCUUUGCGAAAGAAAUUGAUAGCUUAGCACAUAAGGGAGCUGUCGAUUCAAAGAGCAAAAUUCUUAACCUCAAUCCGUUUUUAGAUCAGGGAAUUUUGAAAGUAGGUGGAAGGCUCACCCAUUCAGACUUAGCAUAUAAUCAGAAACAUCCCAUUCUGCUUCCACGAAAACAUCACGUGACUGAUCUUAUUAUUCGCGACACUCACUUCAUGUUAAAACAUUCGGGAGUUCAAGCUACCCUGUACUCUGUAAGAGAACGAUACUGGCCCAUCGAUGGGAGAAAUGUAACGCGUCGAUUAAUUCAUCAGUGCAUUAAAUGCUUUCGUUCAAAGCCUCGCGGUAUUGAUCAUCAAAUGGAAAACCUACCCUCGGAUCGAUUAGAAUAUUCUCGACCAUUUCUGAAUGUCGGAGUCGACUACUGCGGACCUUUCUACAUAAAAGAAAGACGAUAUCGCAAUAUAAAAAAGGUUAAAACCUAUGUAGCAGUUUUCGUGUGCCUUGCAACUAAAGCUGUGCAUCUACAGCUAGUAAGCGAUCUCUCUACGAUUGCCUUUCUUGGCAGUCUGAAAAGAUUCAUUUCGCGACGAGGAAAGCCCGAAAAAAUUAGAUCCGAUAAUGGUACGAAUUUCCAAGGUGCUAGCAGACAACUAAACGAACUCAAACAACUUUUCAACUGUACAAAUCACAAUGUAGCAGUGAAAGGUUACUUGAACAGUCAGGGAAUAAAGUGGUCCCUUAUUCCUCCUGAAACAGCGCAUUUCGGCGGACUUUGGAAAGCAGCGGUUAAAUCAUUCAAGUAUCAUUUCUUACGCACAGUCGGGGAUGCCGUUUUGACUUUUGAACAAUUGCAUACUUAUGUAACUGAGACCGAAUCUAUCCUAAACUCCCGCCCCAUCAGUCCAAUGUCUUCUAAUCCUAAUGACUUGCGGCCCUUAACUCCAGGUUAUUUCCUUAUUGGUGGGCCAUUAAUAAGCUUCCCUCAGGAAGACCUUCGUGAUGAAAAGCAGACUAGGCUUUUAUCUUCGCAACGUACUCAGCAGAUGAGACAGCACUUCUGGUGCCGCUGGCACAAGGAGUAUUUGAACGAGCUCACCGUUCGUGGAAAAUGGCACUCAGGUUCCGCCAACAUUGCUAUCGGAACGAUAGUCCUCGUCAAGGAAGACAAUGCACCACCAGUGCAGUUAACACUGGCUCGAGUCAUCGAUACCUACCCUGGACGCGUUGGUAUUGUGCGAGUGGUCUCUGUAAAGACCGCUAAAGGAAUCUACAAGAGAAGCGUGAAAAAAUUGUGUCCACUUCCUCUGGACACUGUACACAACUAA